UAGAAUAUAAAGGAGCUUGCCCUCUUGUUUUCCCGUUCGUGUGUGAUCAUCUCUUGCUCCCAUGGGGAACAUCUCAAUACUCAAAUCUAUUCUGCUCCUCUUCUUACUCUUCCUUCUCCAUCAUAUUUCAAUUGUUAACUCUACUCCUCGUUACAUUGCCGUUGAUAAUAUUGUCCUCAACUGCGGCUCUGCUGGCAACUCAACGGAUAUAGAUAAACGCAUGUGGAUUGGAGACAUGGAGCCCUCCAAAUUCGCUCCCAUAGAAGAACAUAACCAAAAAUCUAAUACCUCUGAAGCCCAAAGCCAAGACUCAUCUGUCGAAACUAUCCCCUACAUGACUGCCCGUUUAUCCUAUUCCCAAUUCACCUACGUAUUUCCUGUCACCUCCGGUCCCAAAUUUGUUCGUUUGUACUUUUACGCAGAUUCAUACUCUGGUUUUGAUGGAUCUCUGGCCUUUUUUACAGUCAAAGCAAACAGUAAGUUCACCUUACUUAGAAACUUCAGUGCUUCCAUUCUUGCUAAUUACUUGGGGGGCUCAAAACGUCUUUCUAAAGAGUUCUGCAUCAACGUUGAAGAGGAUCAAAAUUUGAAUUUAACAUUCAUUCCAACGCCAAGUACUGCUUCUAGCAGAUUAUUUGCCUUUGUUAAUGGAAUUGAGAUCGUCUCCAUGCCAAAGUACCUCUACUAUAGCAGUCCAGAAAAUCCAAGCCCACCUUACGUUGGCCAAAAUGUUCAGUUCUCUAUAGACAACAACAGGGCACUCGAGAUGAUUCUUCGGCUCAAUAUGGGUGGGAGCUCGAUAUCGUCGAAGGGAGACACAGGCAUGUUUAGAGAAUGGUCCCCAGAUAUCCCUUACUUGUUAAGUGGAGGAGUGAUCCCCCGCCAACCAGAUUUGACGCUCAAAUACUCAGUAAUACCAAAUUACACUGCCCCCGAUGACGUUUAUCGGUCUGCAAUCACGAUGGGUCCAAACAUAACUUGGAACUUGCUUUCUAAUUUGACAUGGGGUUUACCCGUAGAUCCAGGGUUUUAUUAUCUGGUCAGGCUUCAUUUCUGUGAAAUCGAGCCAAGUAUAACGAUGGCCGGCGAAAGGCCAUUCAUUAUCUAUAUAGAUAACAAGACAGCCGAAGCUACUGCAGAUGUAAUUAUGUGGAGCGGAGGAAGGGAUACGCCUGUGUUUCAGGAUUAUGUAGUUCUGAUCCAAAAGAUGGGAGAUGAGGAUCAUAAGAGUAUACUCUUUAUUGCUUUGCACCCUGGAAAAGCUACCAAUGCAAUCUACGAUGCCAUUUUAAAUGGGGUAGAAGUGUUCAAACUGAGCGACAACAAUAACAACCUAGCCGGACCGAAUCCUGCCAAUACUUUGCUGCCCUCUCCACCUCCAACUCAACAACCUGCUUCGACAUCCAAUUCAAGGAAAACAAGAUUCAUUGCCAUUGGAAUUGGUGUAGGCUUAUUCUUGGCCUUGAUCACUCUAGUGUGUUGCUUGGUUGUUUGGAAACUACGGACAUCUAAGUUGCGUUAUUGUUCUUACUAUCCAGUAUCAAAGUGUUGGUUCUGGUCUGACCAAAACAAAGGAAAGUUAACAAGGACAAAAACCUCUUCACUGCCCGAAGAGCUAUGCUGCCAAUUAUCACAUCAAGAAAUCAAAACAGCAACCCACAACUUCGAUGAAGGAUUAGUUAUCGGAGUAGGUGGCUUUGGGAAGUUAAGGCCCCACCAUGAGUGAUAAUAGUUGUAUAUGGCCCUGCCACAGAUGAUAGUAGUGGUAUACUACCCUGCCAAGGUUGAUAAUAGUGGCGUAUGGUCCUGUCACAGGUUAUAAUAGUGGUAUACAACCAUUUCACCAGUGAUACUAGUGGUAUACGACCCUUCCACGGGUAUGAUAGUGAUUAAUAAAUACCAUGAGGGUUUAAAUAUGGUCUAUGUCUUGAUGUGACGCUCUGACAUGAUUUGAAGAUGAUGUCUCAAUUUACGAUAUGCCAAAGAUUUUAUUUUUGAAUAAGAAGGUUUAUGAAACAUUUGCUCUGAUA